AUCCAUAGCAUUUGAAACGAAAACCAAACCGAAACACAUUUCUCUCUUACUCCCAAGUCCCACAAAAGACCAAAAUGUCCAGCAACAACAAAAUACAAGAGACCCUGGUGGGGCUCAGACAAGUUCUACCAACUCCUCUUCUGCUUCUCUCUCACCUCCUCUUAUCCUUCUCCUCCAUGGCGACCCGUACCCGCUACCUGUUCCUCCGCCGCCACGCCAUCCGGGUCGGAUCCAUCCCCUGCCUCCUUGCCGGAGCCGUCAAAGAGGCUGCCGACCACCUCGGAUUCUUCGACGCUGUCGCGGCGUCGCCGAUUUCAUGGCCGUUUUAAUAGCUUAUCUCAUGCUAUCGGUGUUCGGUUUAUCGGACCAACUCGAACACGAUCCCCUGUCCAGGCCCGAGGGGUUUCGAUGGUAUGAGGGGCUACUGGGUCCGAAUCGUUCUUGGAGUGGAGUUUUUUUCCCGCUGGGAACUGUCUCCACUCUCCAAGUGCAUUGAAUUGUCACCCAUGCGGCCACAGCACCCCAAGUCGUUCCUUCCAAAGCAGCUCAUACACUUCCCUAUGCGUCGUUUGAUUUCCGACCUGUUCCACGUGUGCUCCAAUUAGCGCCCCUCCAUCUGAGCCGUUAAACUCACUCCUCAUGCCUUCCAGCUCUCUUAAUGCUUUCCACGCGUCACCCAUGAAUUUUCUUGCUUCUUGAAGCUUUGAAUAUCAACCUCUCAAUGUCUGAAACUUCAAUCAAUCUCAGCCGUCCUUACACCUAAUAGCGAAAACGCCAAAACUUUCUCCGUUGGCUCUUCCUCUUCCCAAAAUCCGAACCAGAGACCCCCUUGGGCCCCUUCCAUCACACAAUAACAGACCUAUAAAACACGUUCCCUUUGUGGUUCUCUUGCGCAGCCCUCCAACCCAAACACCAAUUUAUCUAUGAGAAACUCCGUCGUUUAGUUCCCGCCUGUGGCAUUAGAGGUAUCAUCCAACCUUUGUUUCUAUGAUCCUUCAGUAAAGUAAUAGCUAAAAUCAUGCAUUUGCUCAUGUUUGUAGCUGAAAAUAAAUCCCUCUGUAAUGCUCAUGUGUUCGCUGAAUGUUUCUAACUUCGUAUCUCGGUGUUAAUAUGUGUUUCUACAAAUUUCCCAUUACAGGCUUAUAGCCUUUUAUGGAUGUUACUGUAAUCUGACAAAUUAUUGGGUGUUAUCAGGGGGACCAUCUGAGUAAUGCAGACAACUUCUGUUAUUCAAAAACCUCAAAAGAAGCAGAAGCUGAAUAGGAACAGAAAAUGCUUAGGAAACUUACCUGAGGAGGUUCUUCGACACAUCCUUUCCUUUCUUCCAACAAAAGAUGUUGUUAAGAAUAGCUUACUUUGUAAAAGGUUGGAAUACCUAUGGACUUCUAUUCCCACUCUAGAUUUUCACCAGUCACAUAACUCGCCUGCUAUGAAAGAGCGAAAGAGAACACUUUUUAUGAAUUUUGUGGACAGGGUGCUUUGUCUUCGUGGCUCCUCUGAUAUAAAACGAUUCACUCUCUGUUGUGAUGUGCUACAUGAUGUAUCCCGUGUUAAUACGUGGAUCUCUGCUGCAUUAAGGCAUAAUGUUCAAGAGUUGUAUAUUGAGCUUGCCAACUUCAAAGGAGAAUUUUCACUGACUUACGUUUUGUUUACUUGUAAGACACUGACAAGCUUGCACCUUAAUAUGUCGGAUAUUAUCCUCAAGCUUCCCACUACAAUUUGUUUCUCAAAUCUAAAGAUCUUGAGCAUCGAAAAUGUUAUUUUUCCGCAGCAGUACUUGACCAGGAAGCUUUUUUCUGGUCUGCCAGUCCUUGAGGAGCUUAAACUAAAAGAUUGCAGCUGGGGGAAUCUCUUGUUUUUGAGUAUUUCUUCUCCUAAGCUUCAUAGGCUGAGCAUAUUUGAAAUGCAGAUGCCAGAUGAUCAUUAUGGUGAUGUUCGUGUUGGUCAGGUUAUGAUUUUUGGAGAUAGUCUUAAAGAAUUUCAUUACGCGGGUUCUCUGUUCGGCGACUAUUGCUUAUAUAAUUCAUUCUCACUGAAAAAGGCUGUGAUUGAUGCUUAUGCUGAAGUGAUAUCAGAUCAAUUUGCUUAUCGCACCUAUAAGCUUCUUAUAGGGCUCUCCAACGUCAAAUUCUUAAAACUUUAUGCUAGGGUGCUUGAGAAUCUAAAAUAUGCACCAGAACUCCCACCUCAUAUGCCCGUGUUCAAUAACUUGAUGAAUUUGGUAUUUUUCGAUUCGUGGGUAGAUCUUGACUGUGAAGCACUGCUGAAAAUGUUACAAGGAUCUCCUUGUCUUGAGAAUCUGGAAUUUUUGGGGGGUAUCAGACUCUCCUCAAAUUGUGAAGAAGAUGAUUGUAUAUUGGACCCAGUGCCUUCAUGUUUCUUGUCACACCUCAAGCGCAUUAAAGUUGGUAGGUAUCAUGGAUCUAAGAAGGAGUUUACUGCAGUCAAGAUUUUGCUCAACAAUUCUGUUGCUUUGGAAGAAAUGGUUAUAACCUGCAAAGAAUAUUUUGCAUGGUACAUAGAGGAGCAAAAUCAUUUUAAUUGGAACCUAGAGAAGCAAGAGAACCACUCUGAAUAGUUGAUAGAGCUCUCUAGAGGGUCAAAAAAUUGUAAAAUUGUUUUGGAAUGAGCUGUUUUUUAGCUUUUACUCUAGAAAAAAGCCAUUAAAUUCAUGUAUUUUGGAAGAUGUAGAACUAUGGCUAAUUGGCUUUCUAUCUUACCUAGGAACUUGCUGUUAUGUGGUGUUCUUGUGUGCGAAUUUGGCUUGUGCUAUUUUGUAAUGCGUCACAAUUUCAUGUAGUUUAUCAUUUUGAUAAAUGUAUGAUCAUUUCAUAA